GAAAUAGCCAAAUAGGGUUUACGAACGGGUUUACCGAUCAAUCAGACUGGAGAGGCAUCGAUCGACCCCGCCCUCUCUCUCUCUCUCUCUAAUUUAUUCAGAGUACAAGGGAGAAUCUAUCAAUGGGUGUCAGGCAGGAAGAGGUUCCCAUGGACCACGCCGAGUUAAAUUUCAUUCCGGGAUCCAUAGACAAACAAAAGCUCGCAGCUCCAGUGAAAUCUGCUGUUGAUAAGUUCCAGCUUCUUCCUGAGUUUUUGAAGGGGAGGGGGUUGGUGAAACAACAUUUAGAUUCGUAUAAUUACUUUGUUAAAACAGAUAUUAAAAAGAUUGUUCGAGCCAAUGAUCGUAUUGUAUGCAAAUUUGACCCGAGUAUUUUCCUGAGGUUUAAAGAUGUCAGAAUUGGCAGGCCAUCUGUUUCAAGGGAUGCUGUUAGUGAUGAUCUUAGACCCCAUACAUGCCGGUUAUCUGACCUCACGUACGCUGCACCAAUACUGGUUAAUGUUGAGUACGUUCAAGGAAGUCAUAAUCAAAAGAUUCUAAUGGAGAAGAACGAUGUUGUUAUUGGAAAAAUGCCUGUCAUGCUGCGGAGUUGCUGUUGUGUCUUAUAUGGAAAAGAUGAAGCUGAACUUGCAAGACUUGGUGAGUGCCCCCUUGAUCCUGGAGGAUAUUUUGUAAUUAAAGGAACCGAGAAGGUCGUUUUGAUACAGGAACAACUUUCAAAGAAUAGAAUAAUCCUUGAUAAAGACAAGAAAGGAGAUAUUAAUGCCUCUGUAACGAGCAGCACAGAGGCAACAAAAAGCAAAACUGUUAUUUCUAUGGACAGCAAGACGAUGAAGAUGUAUUUAAAUCUCAAUCAAUUUACUACGAAAAAGAUACCUAUUAUGGCGAUCAUGAAGGCUAUGGGAAUGGAGAGUGAUCAAGAGGUGGUGCAGAUGAUUGGAAGAGAUCCUCGAUUUGGUGCCUUGCUUUUGCCAUCUAUGGAGGAAUGUGCAAGUUUGGGUAUACAUACACAACAACAGGCCUUGGAGUUCCUUGAUAAGAAGGUCACGCCAUCCGCAUUUACUCGUUCAACAUCUGAAAAGGAAAGUAGAGUCUCUUACAUCCUUCGCAGUGUAUUUCUUGCCAAUGUUCCGGUGCAAGAAAAUAACUUUCGCCCAAAAUGUAUAUAUGUUGCGGUAAUGUUGAGACGAAUGAUGGAGGUAUUGUUGAAUAAGGAUGCAAUGGAUGACAAGGAUUACGUCGGAAACAAACGGUUGGAAUUGUCUGGCCAGUUGAUUUCUUUACUCUUCGAGGAUUUGUUUAAGUCGAUGAUAAGUGAUGCGGAAACAGAGAUGGUUAGGGUCCUAAAUAAGCAGAGCCGGUCUAGUCGGUUUGAUCCUUCCCAAUUUAUAGUCAAAGAUGGCAUUACUAACGGCUUGGAAAGGGCGCUCUCUACUGGAAAUUGGGAUGUCAAGCGGUUCAGAAUGCACAAAAAGGGAGUAACGCAGGUGCUCGGUAGAUUAUCCUUUAUAGGGACUUUGGGGCACAUGACUAGAAUCUCUCCACAGUUUGAGAAGUCCAGGAAAGUGAGUGGACCUCGAGCAUUGCAACCUAGCCAGUGGGGAAUGCUUUGCCCUUGUGAUACUCCAGAAGGUGAAUCUUGUGGACUGAUAAAAAACUUGGCUCUGAUGACACAUGUUACGACUGAUGAAGAAGAUGGCCCAUUAAUAUCCCUGUGCUACUGUUUGGGUGUUGAAGACUUGGAACUUCUUUCUGGAGAAGAACUUCACUCUCCAAAUUCAUUUUUAGUUAUUUUUAAUGGUCUCAUCCUUGGCAAGCAUAGAAGACCGCAGCACUUUGCUACUGCAAUGAGAAAGUUGCGAAGAGCUGGCAAAGUUGGUGAGUUCGUAAGUGUUUUUGUAAAUGAGAAGCAGUGCUGUGUUUAUAUUGCUUCUGAUGGUGGUCGAGUUUGUCGCCCGCUAGUCAUUGCUGACAAGGGCGUAUCAAGGAUCAAAGAAUACCAUAUGAAGGAGUUGGUGGAUGGAGUCCGCACUUUUGAAGACUUCUUACGUGAGGGAUUGAUUGAAUAUCUUGAUGUUAACGAGGAGAAUAAUGCUUUGAUUGCUUUAUAUGAUGCUGAGGCUACAACGGAAACAACCCAUAUUGAGAUAGAGCCGUUCACCAUUUUAGGUGUUUGUGCUGGACUUAUACCGUUUCCUCAUCAUAAUCAGUCACCAAGAAACACAUAUCAGUGUGCUAUGGGAAAGCAAGCUAUGGGAAACAUUGCCUAUAACGAGUUGUGCCGGAUGGACACGUUACUUUACUUGUUGGUGUAUCCACAACGACCUUUAUUGACCACUCGGACAAUUGAGCUGGUUGGAUAUGACAAACUCGGAGCUGGUCAGAAUGCCACUGUUGCUGUGAUGAGUUAUACUGGCUACGAUAUAGAGGAUGCGAUAGUCAUGAACAAGUCAUCUCUAGAUCGAGGUUUUGGUCGUUGUAUCGUUAUGAAGAAGUAUUCUGCAAUCCAUCAAAGACAUGGAAAUGAUACAUCAGAAUUCAUCAUGAGGCCAACAAGAGACGCGGAAAAUAAAUUGACAGAUAAUAGAAUGCGGGUAUUGGAUGAGGAUGGAAUUGCUGCUCCUGGAGAAAUUAUUAGACCAAAUGACAUUUAUGUCAAUAAGAGGCCUAGUUGGCAAACAUUCAAAGGCCCCGAAGGGGAACCAUCUGUGGUGGAUAGAGUGUCUCUUUUUUCUGAUAGGAAUAACAAUAUGUGUAUCAAGUUCAUAAUUCGCCAGACUCGUAGGCCUGAGGUGGGUGAUAAAUUUAGUAGCAGACACGGGCAGAAAGGUGUUUGUGGCACCAUUGUUCAACAGGAAGAUUUUGUCUUUUCUGAACGUGGUAUUUGCCCUGAUUUAAUCAUGAAUCCACAUGGAUUUCCUAGUCGAAUGACAGUAGGGAAAAUGAUAGAGCUCCUUGGGGGUAAAGCUGGAGUUUCAAGUGGGAGAUUUCAUUAUGGCAGUGCCUUUGGGGAGCCAAGUGGUCAUGCCGAUAGAGUUGAAGCUAUAAGUGAAACUCUCGUGAAGUGUGGAUUUAGCUACAACGGCAAGGACUUCCUUUAUUCAGGUAUUACGGGAACCCCACUGCAGUCAUAUGUUUUUAUGGGUCCAAUUUACUAUCAGAAGCUAAAACAUAUGGUUUUGGACAAAAUGCACGCUCGAGGUAGUGGCCCCCGUGUCAUGCUAACCAGGCAACCUACAGAAGGAAGAGCUCGAAAUGGAGGACUUCGAGUUGGAGAGAUGGAACGUGACUGUUUGAUUGCUUAUGGUGCUAGCAUGUUGAUAUAUGAGCGCCUAAUGAUUUCUAGUGAUCCAUUUGAGGUUCAGGUAUGCAGAGGUUGUGGUUUAUUAGGAUAUUACAACCAUAAGCUGAAAACUGGGAUCUGUUCUACUUGUAAAAGUGGUGACAAUAUUUCUACAAUGAAACUACCAUAUGCAUGCAAACUACUGAUCCAGGAACUCCAGUCGAUGAAUAUCGUUCCUCGCUUAAAACUGGAUGAAGCGUGAUAGGAUUACUUGUAAUGUCAAGUUUAUGAACUGAAGGAAAGUCGCAUGGCUCUUGGGUUCGACAUUCCUUGGCCGCGCCAUUCUUGGCAAAUCUGAUCCGAAAGAUACAUAUUCUGCGCGUUGUUUAUGUGAGAAGUUCAGCCCAUAAACUCUCUCUGCGUAGGUUGUCUUCCGAGUCUUCCAGUGGUAUUUAUAUGUUGUAAUAUAAAAGUAAGAUGGAAAUGUAAAUCCCCAUUAAGUGGAUGAACAGCUUCUGUUUGUGAAUUCAUACCUACAAAUAAAUGUACAUCAAAUUAGGUCUUGAGGCGACUGUAACUAAAUAUCAUUGUUGAUGUAUGCUAUAUAUAAAUCUUAUAGAAAUAACAUGAAAUACACGAAUAUUGUUGAA